ACCCCUCUCCUUCUGUUCCUGUGUACAAACUUACAAUUUUUCCAGCACAGGAGAUCAAAAGAGAUCCGGCACACUGCACCAAACUUACCAUGGAGCCUGUUCAGCUUCUGGUUUCCAACUUUUGCCAGUAAAAAGUCUGACUCCAGCACGUCAAGUUGGAUUCCUCUACUUUCCAGUUUCUCCAAUUUUUUUAAGCAUAUCUGCAUCUCCUCAGGAUUUUUGACUUGGGUGUUUUACAGGACUCUGCCCAUCAGCAGUGUACAACUGCUCUUCCCAUCAACGGCACUCACGAUGCUAGAUCCACAGGUGAAAAGCUCCUUAAGCGGGAGCACAUUUUUGGGCUCUUUAGAGGAGCAGGAACCCCCGCCUCCACUCCGCAGCUACCUCUUUUUGGCCAUGUUGGCUUGCUUUUGUCCAGCAUACCCCGUCAACAUUGUGGGCCUGGUGUUCUCUGUCAUGUCCAGAAGCAGUUAUUAUCAAGGUGACUAUGAUGGUUCCAGGCGACUGGGCAGGAACGCCAAGUAUGUCUCCGUUGCUUCCAUCAUCAUAGGAAUUCUCAUCAUCGCCAUCUCCUGCAUCGUUCAUUUUACCACAAUGGAUAAUUAGCACUGUGGAAGUGGAGAAGAAGAGUAAAGAGAUGCAAAGCAGUUGAACAAUAACCUUUGGAUAGAAAGGUCUGCAUUGGCUCUAAUGGGAAUCGGAGGUCUUGGUGACUUCAGUCUGAAGAUCACUUGUUCCUAUUUCCUGCUUUUUUCAUGGACAGACUAUAACUAUACAUUCUGGUGAGUCCAAUUAGUAUUUCUUUUUAUGUAAUUGAGGAUUUCAAUUGAACGGGAGCUCUCUAGCAACAUAUGUCCCACAGUUUUCUGGUUGGAAUGAGACUGGCAUUUUUGUUUACAACAAAUAACAACAAGUAAAGAUGAAAACACUAACUCUACUAUCCAUAGCUAAUAUGUGCCGUCAGCAAAACUGGUUGAUUGAUAGAAUUCUAAAAAUGAAGAAUUCUCUUGAAGGUGACAUCUAAGUGCGUGUCGCAGCACAGUCAAAGGAGCACAAACACCAGAGUCUGAUAAAUGGAGACGUUCCAAAGUCCCUUUCAUUUUUUUCCAUCUUAUGCAUCUGUUUUUUUUAAUCAAGCUGGUAAACAGCACUCACAGAAAGCUGCUGAUCUGUUUUCCAAGAUGCCAAAGUUUCUGGAAAUAUUUAAAAGAAAUGUAAUUUUGAAUUAAGGAGACCUGGAAACACUCUCUCAUCAUCUUUCAAGUAUCAGUGUCGAAGCUCCAGCAAUGGGUUUCAACGUGUUACUGCUCAAACUAGCUUAUUUAUGUUUGCAAAAGGUAUCUGAGAGCUCAAAUCUGUGACAUGGCACUGUUUUCCAUUUUUUCACUGCACUUGUUUGGUGUCGAGAGGUCCUGUUUUCACAAAUGCACUGUAUGUCUGCACAAUUUUCUCUGUGAUUCUGAAAGAGAAGCAACCAGCUAUAAAAAUCUAUAAAAACAACAUUUGUCCCUUUGCAGGUGAAAUGUAGAACUUUUAAAAAUGUAAAAUAAAAAUCUCUGUCAUGGUUACAUGUAAAACAUGCCAACGUACUUUGAUUCUGUGAUUCUGCUCCACUGUGAUUCUUGUACAAUUCCUUGAUUGUAAAUUGUGACUGCAGUUAUGAAAAAGUGUAAAUAAUUGUUUUGUAUGGGCUACUGGGAAAAAAAAGGCCCAUUGACCCAUUUUUGUGGGAACUGAAAGUCAAAAGACUGUUGACUUUCACCACUGUGUGUCACAUUGUAAUUUCCUUAACUAACUUAACCCCUUUGAGAAUGAAAUAAAAACUAUUUUAGAUGG